GCCACCCUCCCCACCUCUACCACUCCCCCCUGUCUCCCUCGCAACGCUGCAGCAAGCCAUGGGCGUGAGCGCUACUGACCUAUCCGCGCCAACCCGCUCCGUCAACCUCUCGGGGUGCAUGGCCAUGGCCUCUUCCUCGUCGUCUUCCUCCUCCUCCUCCACUACGUGGCCGCGGGCAGACAAGCACCGCGGCGCCGUCCGGCGCGCGCAGCUCGUUCUGUCGCGCGACGCCGGCUGGUGCGGGCUACGCGCGUGGCGGCGGCUGCUCAGGCGGCUGGCGCGGGAGACCAAGUGCAUCUGCAGCUCCCCGACGGCGGCCACGGGCAGGCCCAUCACGUUCGGCUACGACGCCGCCAGCUACGCCAAGAACUUCGACGACGGCCGCAGCACCGCGCCGCGCUGCGCCGCCCCCGUCGUCGUCGUCGUCGCCAAUGGCGCCGAUAAUUCGAGCGGCAACUGAGCCAGAUUGUCGUUCUUUUUUCCCCUACUAGUCGAUCCCCUUCUGAUCUUUAUUUUUUCUUUCUUCCUCUCUUGCUUUUGUUUCCCUCUCCUAUCUGCACCUCCUUGGUGAUGGUGAAUUGGUGUUGUAACGGCCUCAUCAAUGCCCCAUACGUAUGUAACGUAUCUAGCAAUUUUGUACAUAGCUUUCGAGAUAACACGAUCGCAGUUCAACCCAA